GCCUUGCUGCGCCUUCUUUGUUGUCGUCUCACUCAAGUCUUGGGAUAUGUCCACAACUCAUGGCCGGCCUUGCCGAUUAAUCCGUUUAUGAAGCCGCCGUCUAUGAUAGCAUGCUUCGCUGAACUGAGGACAUGUCUAUAACCACCUCUCAGUGCCGGAAAUUGUGUUCGGUUGAUCUCUCAAACGCUCUCCCCCCACCUGAGCCUUAGGACUCCCAUUUCCUUGCAGUCCGCGUCAGCAAGACUAAAUUGCUUUCCCAGGCUGACCACACCUCUACGUGUCUUCGACUCGGGUAUAGAAAGAGGACCGGGUGACUCCAUUGCCCGGACUUGCUUGUCUCCUUGUCCAGAGAGGUCAUCAGGGUCUCUGAGCUGUCCCCUCGCUACGAGAACCCUGGUGGUACUGAUCAUCAUUGGUCCCAGCCAUGAGUUACAACACGGGAGCUACCUUCGUUCCGGGAGGAGACGACUCCUAUUAUAUGCCAGAGCUGGCGCAACCAACCCCAAACAGGGCACAUGAACUCCCGACUAAUAUGCAACACAAUGUUGCUCAGAUGGAACACGUUGCGUCGAGUCCUAACUCCUCAGCAUAUUCCGGUUCUGUGUACACUCCCCAGUCGGCAGAGUACGCACCCGCAAACAUGAAUGCGUGGUCGAGUGCCGUGCCCCCUGGCGAUUACCACAAUGGUUACGACCAGAGGGCGCCCUCGCACAACCCUCCUCAGUCAUAUCAGCAGAACAAUUACCCUCCACGAACGACAUCAACCGCACAAAUAGAGCAACCGAACUUCUCUCCAUUUCCUGUCCUCCGCAAUCCUCCACCUAAUAUUCCUCCCACCGAUGAACAAAAAGAGGCAACCCUGGAAGCUGCAAGGGCCGCUGUGCUGAGUUGCAACGAUCCGGAUACCCAGCUGACAUGGGCGCAAGAUACACUGGCAUAUGUUGAGAUAUGUCAGCAAAAUGAAGAGAGGGUAGCAUUAGCCCAGACACCCAGGUCGAGAACACCUCGAAUUGAACAUGUGUUGAGGGAAGACGCUCUCAAGAUCACAAACUUCCUCGCUGACCAGCAUCACCCCAAGGCUGAGUUCAUGAGGGGUAUGUGGUUGGAGUUUGGCAAGUUCGGUCACAGAAUUGACAAGAAGGAGGCAUUCCUCUGCUAUUCGAGGGCAGCUGAGAAGGGCUAUGUCCGAGCCGAUUACAGAAUUGGAAUGCAAUUCGAAUCAUCGAAUGACGCCUUGAAAGCUAUAAAAUACUACCAGAAGGGAGCUGAUGCGUCAGAUUCUGCUUCUUGUUACAGGCUGGGGAUGAUGACACUACUUGGUCAACACGGGCAACCGCAGGAUUAUGAACGUGGUCUUCAGCUGAUCUACCUUGCUGCGCAAACAGCAGAUGAGAAUGCUCCUCAAGGUGCUUUUGUUUUCGGUAUGCUUCAGGCGCAUCAGAUGACACAAGUCCAAGUACCCGAGCGUUAUCUUCCCAAGGAUAUCCCAGCUGCGAAGAUCAAUAUUGAAAAGGCAGCAUAUCUGGGUUUUGCGAAGGCACAGAUCAAGAUGGGACAGGCCUAUGAGCUCUGCGAGUUGGGAUGUUCCUUUGACCCUGCGCUCUCCUUGCACUACAACGCUCUUGCUGCCAGGCAAGGCGAACCUGAGGCGGAGCUUGCUAUCAGUAAAUGGUUUCUUUGCGGUCACGAGGGGCUGUUUGAAAAGAGCGAAGAGAUGGCUUUCACGUACGCACAGCGCGCAGCACUCGCCGGUUUUCCUACUGCGCAAUUUGCUAUGGGCUACUACUAUGAAGUCGGUAUAUAUGUACCUGUGAACUUCGAACAAGCCAAGGAGUGGUACCGCAAAGCGUCGCAGAGUGGAAACCAGGAUGCAACUGGAAGAAUCGAUGCUAUUUCCAGAUCAAAGACACUGUCUAGGAAGGACCACGAAAGCGUUGCCCUGUCCAAAAUUCGACAACAGCGUGGCUCGAUGAUAGGACCACCACAAAUGCCGACCUUGUCAGAAGAAAGGCUAGACAUGCCUGAUCCUUCCCGGCUAUCUCUCGACAACCGAAGGCCUCCUUCAGCUCGCCCAGGAAGCACUGCUCCAUACCCUACUGGUCCGUCGAAUUUACCACAAGUCCCAGACUUCAGACCAACAUCAGGAUUCGGCGUCAACCCCAACAUACGACCGACUUCAGCCGCCACUGUGGGAGGACCCAGACCUGAUCAGUAUGGUCAUCCUCAUAUGUCUCCACAGAUGCGCCCUUAUUCCAGCAACGAUACUCGAGUACCGGGACCUGGAUAUGGUCGCGGUGAUCGUAUACCUUCCGGACCAGCUCCACCACGCCCGGGACCUCCUCCGCAACGACCUGGCACAACUUCACCUCAUAUCGGACCCCCGGGACCACCUAAGCUUGAUAUCGGGUAUUCUGCUCCUCUCGAGCAGAGACGACCUCAGCAGCCUCCACAGCCCAACGGCUAUGGCAGACCACACCCACCGGGCCCUGGUCCCAAUGGUCCGCCUCGUCCGUCCCCUCGACCCGGUCAGAUUCCGCCGCCACAGUCACAAGGACCUCCACCAAAUCGCCCGCUACCACAGAACGCUAGACCAGGCUACGGCAACCCGCCACAGGACAUCAGACCAGCGAACAUGCCACCGUCUAAGCCAGCUUCCAACGCACCGAGCGGGAAUGCUCCUCCGUCAAAGCCUAAUCAGGUAUCCGCAAAUGCGGCUCGCCUUCCUGGAAAGGGUCCCAAGACAUUCGAUGAAAUGGGAGUUCCUGCGGGUAAAGAUAAAGGCGAAUGUAUUGUUAUGUGAUGUGAUUCUGAAAGCUGCAUUUCUUCUUAUAUAUGAUACCCCCUUUGCAUCUGAGACAUGUGUUGUUGUUCAAGCGCCGUAAUGACACUGGCGGAUUUAAUUUAGCAUGGCACGUGUAACGCCUUUUGCAUUGGCAAUGUAGCGCCUUUGAGUCUUGAGUGACGACGUUUUGCUGAACUUGAUCUAUUUAUUCAUGAACGAUGAUUGGCCUUAG